AAAAAAGAAAAAAAAAAAAAAAGCUUCAAUUGUGAAACGCCUAAUCCUAAGCGUGUGCCUCUCUCUCUUAAUUCUCUUCCCAUUAAAUGUUCAUUACAAAUCAUCUAUAAAUACCCAAAUCAAAAACCCUAAUUUUUCUUCUCUAUCACAAUCAAAGCAGAAGAAUUAAUAGCAAUGUCUGGAGAUUCGAAUUCUAAUAUCUCUGUCACUGCCAGCAGUAAAGCACAAGCGAUGGAAAAUUGUGAGACCACCGCUCUCCAGAAGCAUGUUAUGUUCUUCGAUCGAAACAAUGACGGCAUUAUUUAUCCUUCCGAAACUUUUCAAGGUUUUAGAGCAAUUGGAUGUGGGCUUCUGUUGUCCUCUGUCGCCUCCGUUUUCAUCAACCUCGGCCUCAGUCAGAAAACAAGACCGGGGAAACCCUUUUCUUUCAAAUUCCCAAUCGAGGUGAAAAACAUCAAAAUGGCGAAACACACGAGCGAUUCCGGUGUCUAUGACAAAGAAGGAAGGUUCGUUCCAACGAGGUUUGAGGAAGUUUUCGCCAAACAUGCCCUUACUCAUCCGCACUCCUUGACAUCGGACGAGUUGAAGAAUCUCUUGAAAUCUAACCGGGAGCCAAAGGACUACGGUGGAUGGCUAGCUGGUUACACAGAGUGGAAGAUUCUUUAUAUUCUUUGCAAGGAUAAAAACGGGCUUCUGCACAAGGAAACUGUCAGAGCUGUUUACGAUGGAAGCUUGUUCGAACGCAUGGCUAAGGAGAAUGCAUCUAAGAAGCAAAACAUAGAUUGUGAUGUUUGAUGAACUGAUCAAGAACGUGGCGAAAUGUGAUCAACGGCCUCGUUUAGGACCGAUAAUACGUAUAAUCCAGUGAAUAAAUAUUAAUACUCGACGGGUGUUUGUUGAUUCUUUAUUUCAUGAUGAUUCUUUUGUGUGUAUACGAGUUUGUAUAUUGUGUUGGAUUAAUGUGUAAAAGUGUAAGGAAUGCAUAAAAUGUGAAUGUAUAUAUGAUUGAUGAUUGUCUUCUUUAUGGUGUGAAUGAAAUGCAUAAGUGUAAAUUUUCAGAUAA